AUUGUUUUGAUCAGGAAGGAUUGGAGAAUGGAUUGUCAGCCUGAAUGAGUGGAUGUCGUGCUCAGGUCCCUGUAGUUGGGCCUACGUUAUUUUUUUUAUUCGGAGCGUCGAGACAAACGAUCACCAGCAGCUCCAAGAAACAAAAAUUGUGCUUCCAAAAUCUCUUCGAGCCAAUGUAAACUACUCUGUAGGUAUUUUCCAGUGCGGUGAGAAGGUGUCUGCACCGGCAGGAACUGCAGGAGGCCUGAGGCCUUGUCCGUUGCCAAGGGAAUCGCGGCCCCGCCCCCUGUUCCUCCGGUAACCGGAGUGAGGCCGGAGAAAUGGCGGAAUGUGAUGGUGAGAGGGUGGAAGCGAUUUACCGAACACGGGACCCUGUGAAAAACCUCCGGAUCCGAGUAUGGCUUCAGCGGGUAACGCCGUCGGCACUCUUCACUCACCAUGUUCUGCAACCGGCAAUUCAACGUGGACAAGAUCUCAUUGAAAUGUCUGCAUUUGACACCACGACUUCAGAGGAAGUGACCAAUGGCUAUCGGACGUUCGACCAAGAGGAGGUUGUGGUGGGUUGGCAGGAGAAAUUAUUCAGCCAGUUUGAAAUUGAUCUGUUCAAGAAUGAACAUGCCUGCCAGAGUCCCCUAGACUUUCAAUAUCACAACGAGAUCCUGUCUCUGGCGGAAACCGAAGAGAGGAAGAACUUCAGAAUUUUCACCUAUACUGACUUUGACCGAUACACCAGCAUGGAAGAGUACUCUCAGACUAUGACCACAUCAACAAACGAGACUCCAUCGUACCUGGUGGAAAGGAUGUCACAUGUACGGCGCAGGAGGCAGGAGCGCAGAAUUACGGAAGGGAAGAUUCCAAUGUCACGGAUCAUCACCUGGGAGCCGAAUGAGGAGUUUGUGAGGAACAAUCAUGUCCUGAACAAUCCGGUGCAAACCAUGUACAUUAUGGGAGACCUGGGGCCCUAUGGAAAGCUGGGGCAACGUGAGGACGAGUACAUAUUGUGCACCAUUAAAAUGGACAACAAUGGAGUUCUCUCCAUAAAACCAGACUUCAGUGGCUCCAAAUCAGCCUACAGGAUUGAGACUGAAGGAGAGAAGAAGGAUCUCUGGCUGUACACAAUUAACAAUGUGUCCAUCACAGUCCAGAAGGAAGAUCAGGAUAGGGAGAAAAGUCUCUUCAAAAACUUGUACAAUAGACACAAGGAGUACCUUAACACUCUAGUUGGAGAAGAAUUUGAAACUCCUCCUCUUGGUGCUCUUAAGCUGUUUGUGAAUGGUGAAAUUGUGUCAGCUCAGGGUUAUGAAUAUGACAAUCUGUAUGUACAAUUCUUCCUUGAACUCCCAGACAAUUGGUUCUGUCCCUCAAAGCAGCAGUUGUUUGGAGUGACACAGACUUGCUCUACCAAGGUCGAGGACCGGGAGAAUGUGGCCUAUUUUUCUUAUCCAUUCAACUUUGAAAUGGCCUUAAGAAGUGAAGAUCAACCUGAGGGUUUCCUGCCGCAAUGGCCUGUGCUUUAUUUUGGGGUACACUCUAGUGAUUUCUGGCAGAGAUGCCGCAUUGAAGGAUACGGCUACAUCAGAAUCCCUGACAGUCCUGGUAGCUACACACUGACAUGCCAGACCUGGAGACCAAUCCUCCCUGGAACAUCAGAAAUGCAGAGAUUUUUUGUUGGUGGCUUCCAUGAGCUUGAAGAUAUGACUUACAUCCGGACCCCAAGCACAUUCAAGGGAGAGAGAUUGAGUCGAUUUGGUUUCAGAACGGAAACCACAGGAACUGUUACCAUCAAGUUUCAUUGCAUGCAACAAUGCAGGGCUUUUCUUGAUUCAAGCAUGGCAAGGAAGAGAUCACAGAAUGUUCUGGAACGCAUGGGAGGACUUUCUCAUCAGGCCUCCCUCCACUCUGUGAUAGCGGCAUUUGGGCGAGCUCAGCAGCGUAUGCAUGAAGCACGAGAGAACCUUUCAAAAGACUUGCUGCACACACAUGUACCUCUGGAGCCUGAGUCAGCAACAUAAUAAGUCAAUCUCAGUUGCACUGGCCCAUAAUGCUGUGGGCUGAGAAAGUAAACUGACCCAAAUCCAAUAUACAGCAUAAUUGGAGGAACAACCUUAGGAGUUUGCAUUCAAUUUAAUUAAAGCUGGAACAGUUUGCUGCUGCUUGGCUUUUCUGUGGUCAAGCUUUGUGAGUCUGCAUAUAUUUCAAACAAAACUGUGAAUGAAGUAAUGCCUCAUUGAGAGCUGUAGAAUCAAAGUCAAACGUUUCUCAGCUGGACCGGUACUUGUACUAUGCAAGAUCACGUCUAAGUCAUGGUAAAGAAGGGCAAAACAAGUCCAAGCUCAAAUAAGCCAUCCUGCAGGAUAUUCAUUAACCUUUGACAACACUGCUAAAUACAUACUGAAGAAAAUCCUUUACCCAUGGCCCUAGGUUACAGACACUACUCUUUGUAGCAUAUAUCUGCACGAAGCAGAAAGUAUUAGCCUUGAUUCCUGAUUGGUGCUGAACUAGGCAUUCUCAUUAGUAGUGUGAGGGGCGCUACAAAUGGCAAAACGACUUAGGUGAAGUAGGAAAUUCAGAUGGUUCUCCCUGCUGAUUGCAGUCCAAGAAUGCUUUGUGAAGAUGGACUUGCAUUUGAAUGUUAGGUAAAUACGAUAUUUGUCUUAGCUGUGAUGCCUUUUGUGGUAUGAUGGCCUGCCAACAUUCACAUUCUGGGCUCACACCUGAAGAACGCCGAGUUGAGAAAGGUGACGGAAGGCUGUGGGCUCUUGGCAGUGCUGACAGAAGAGGAGGUGGAAUAAUUUACAAUGGGCUGUCCAGAGCAAGGUAUCCAAUCAGAACACACAUCUACCAUGCUGGUUCAUUUCUUGCUGUGCACUCACUUGGAUUGCAGAACGUCUUAAUGGUUGGAAUUGUCGAACACUUACAAUAUAUUUAACUGUACAAUUAACAACCAAGCAGUGUAGAAAACCACUAAAGACUUGCAGCAUCAGAUAAGUCAAAAAUUCAGAAUCCUCCCCUUAGUAUAUUCUGACUCUUGUAUACAGUUCAACCACUUAAUUUGCCAAAUACCUCUUGACUUUUCUGACCCUAUCUACAUUUAGUCAUAGUCAGGGGAAGGUGGACCAAAUUGCAAAAUGUGAUCCACAGAACACCAGUAAAAAUCUCAAUCUCUUUGAAUAAAUCAAAUUCUGUUUUAUGUCAUUGCUAAAUCAGUGAUUGUGCCAAUUAAUCUAUUUGCUUUACAUAUUUACACUUCCAUAUUUGGGUUAGGUCCAGAGAGAGCACUUUAAGCUGUGUAACAUUGGGAUGAAAUAGUAGUGGGUGCAGGGCUCCUACUAGCGACAAGCUGAAUUUGAAUAGCCUGCUACCACUCCAUCCAGCUUCCCAGAUGGAGAAUGACACAGCUAUCAAUGGAUAGUAUUCCUACAGGUGGACUGGACGAGAAGAAAAUUGGCAAUGAGAAUUUUUUUUUUUAAGGUAUUCCUAAGGUUCAAAAAGCUAUGUCUUGACCUGCAAAAGGCACUCCGCCAGGCAGAGAAUCCUACAAAGCCGUUGCAGUCUUGAAUUAUGUCUGUUUAUUUUGCUCUUCAUGUGAACAAAGUCUUGAACUGGAUGAGAGGGGUUUUCUCCAACCUGUGGAUAACAACGAGCUUUAGAAAUGCAACAAAGAGAGACGAUGUGUUCAUGUAAAAUCACUUAUGAACAGAAACUCUGGUGUCACUUAGAGCUUUACUGUUAACAUAAAUAUGCAUAGAAGCUAUAUAUUUCUCCUUUUAGCAUAGAAUCUAAGUUGUAUCUCCUGUAUUAAAACUUAAUAUAAACCUG